AUGACGGACUUCAAAGUGCACUUCAGCCUGGAAUACCAAAUUGAUAUAUUUUUUGCCCAGACCUGGACAGACAGCCGCCUUCGUUUCAACAGCACCAUGAAAAUACUGACUCUGAACAGUAAUAUGGUUGGCUUGAUUUGGAUACCAGAUACAAUCUUCCGAAAUUCCAAAACAGCAGAAGCUCACUGGAUCACAACACCUAACCAACUCUUGAGAAUAUGGAAUGAUGGGAAAAUCUUGUAUACUCUAAGGCUUACCAUCAAUGCAGAAUGCCAGCUGCAGCUACAUAAUUUCCCAAUGGAUGAACAUUCUUGCCCGUUGAUAUUCUCUAGCUAUGGCUAUCCAAAAGAAGAAAUGAUUUACAGAUGGAGAAAAAACUCUGUUGAAGCUGCUGACCAGAAGUCUUGGAGACUCUAUCAGUUUGACUUCAUGGGUCUCAGAAACACUUCAGAAAUUGUAAAGACUUCUGCAGGUGAUUACAUAGUCAUGACGAUCUACUUCGACUUAAGUAGAAGAAUGGGAUACUUCACUAUCCAGACAUACAUUCCCUGUAUAUUAACUGUUGUUCUUUCCUGGGUGUCAUUCUGGAUUAAAAAAGAUGCCACACCAGCAAGAACAGCAUUAGGUAUCACCACAGUAUUGACCAUGACAACUUUGAGUACCAUUGCAAGAAAGUCUUUACCUCGUGUCUCCUAUGUCACAGCCAUGGAUCUUUUUGUGACUGUGUGCUUUUUAUUUGUCUUUGCUGCUCUGAUGGAGUAUGCAACCCUCAAUUACUACUCAAGCUGCAAAAAGCCAACCUGUACCAAGAAGAAAAAGUCGCUACCUGAUGUCAGUUUUGGUCAUAUGAUGAACUAUUCUGUACUUGAUAUGAGACCACCACCUACAGUCAUCACAUUGAACAAUGCCAUGUACUGGCAAGAAUUUGAAGAGGCUUGUGUCUAUGAGUGUCUGGAUGGGAAAGACUGCCAGAGCUUUUUCUGUUGUUACGAAGAAUGUAAAUCAGGUUCAUGGCGGAGAGGACGAAUUCACAUAGACAUCUUAGAAUUGGACUCCUAUUCAAGGGUCUUUUUUCCUACAUCAUUCUUGCUGUUUAACCUCGUCUACUGGGUUGGAUAUCUCUACCUUUAAAUGUUGCCUGUAGUGGUGAAGACUACUCUUUUCACACUGCUUGGGAAUGGUGAACAUGCAGAAGAGGAGGGCAUGGUCAGUUUCAUCUCAAAUUGUAGAGGCCACGUUACCUUUUAUCAUCACAGAAACUGAUGAAGGAUUUUAAGAUGUAAUUGCCUGAAAAAGAAAAAUCUUGAAUUCUCCCUACUGCUAGUCAUUUUAAGUACAGGAUUCUUACUAAAUUCGGCUGAAUAUGUAGUGUGAGUAAUGUUUAUUAUUUCUUAUAUAAUGAAACCUUUAUUAUUCUCCCUUGACACACAAACAUUCAGAAUUCAGGCAAGGAAACAAAUGUGAAACCUUUGAUUUGGGUUCUUCAUUCAUAUGCUCUCUUCAGUUUUCCCCUGUCCCUGAAGCUCAAGCAAUGCCCACUGGUACUGGCUAGCUGUGGUGCAACUAGAACCAAGAACAACCCAAGGUACCCAAUUGUGCUGAAGCCUCCACAGUUGCUUGGAAAAAUCAUCAUAGAAAAAGACUGUUCCUCCAGUCCUGUCAAGCCAUGGAAGUUCCCUUCUCCUGUAAAGCUCUGGGAUUAAUGAGCUUAGGCCCUUCCUACCUAUAUUGGUUUUAAUUUCAGGUGAAAAAGCUGAUUUACAAGAAUACUCAGAUCUGUUACCAAUCUCUGAGAUGGCUGCAAGUAGAACUUUUAAAGCAUUUUAAAGCCUUUAACUGUCAUGUUUUGACUGGAAACACGGUGGUAACUGAUUUCUAAAAUAGUUUACUUGAAACUGGGCAAGACUUCUGCUUCUACAUGUUGUUGUAGCAGGCUAUAGUUGAUAGGUAUGAGUAAGUUCACUAUUUAAUAACACUAGGGAUAUGUGAUUUUUUGCAGAUUGUGAUUUAAUACAAAGUUCACCCAUGUUUUCUUGGGGUUUUUUACAUCCCCCCGUUCAAAUUAUUUUCAGGCAAAAGAUGAGGUUGUAUUUCCACAAAGCUCAAUCUGGCAGUCCUUACCUAUAGAAGAUUGCCACUGAGUGUGAAUUAGGGACUAAAAAUGUUGUUCUGUAUAGAGCUAUACGGCAGCUUAAGUGGCUGUAGUGGAUUUAAAUCAAAGCAGUUAAGGAAUAUGACAAAGGUUAGGGAUUUUGGCAGGGGAAGUGAGUGUUUUUUCCCCCCAGAUGCCCAGUAGAUUUUAACCUGGAAAAACAUUUUGAAUUCUGGAAUGUUUCACAUAUUGAAUUCUUAAACUAUUUAUUUUGCAACUUUUUAAAUCUUUUUACAGUGUCCAGCUAUUACUUUUUGACAAACACAGUUACUAACCUAAUUACUAAACAGGCAAAACUCACUGAAAAUCCAAUAGAAAUCAGUUUUCAGUGCCCUUUGACUGAUAAAAAAUUAUUAAGACAAAAGCAGGAUAGCACAUUUUGAAGUAAAGCAUAUCUACAACCAUAAAAGGCAACUUUUUUCUCUUUUGUGAGACCAAUUAAACUUAUUCCAAAAUGUAUGCAUCUUUCUCAUAUGCAUUUGAACACAGUGGACAGUAGAAGCUUGAAGAUCAGUCCUUUGUAUUCUCAGAUGGAAGUAAAACUAAAAUCCUGUAAAAAAAUAAAACAAAACAAAAAAACCCAAGGACUAAUACCCUGGCAACUUCAAAUAUGAGUAAAUUAGUUAUGUUCUUCAAAAUACUAAUGCAUCUCAUCACUGCUUCUCAGUGCCUGCAGAGUAUUUUUAAUUGAAUGAAUAUCUCAAAAAAUUAAAUGUAGCUUUUCAAAAUAUUAUUUUCUGGUUUCAUUAAAGCAUAGGCUAAGUAUGAAAUGUUAAUAGACUGAAAGCUAGAUAUAGAAAAAUAGUUUGUGUUUGACUUCUGCAGAAUAGAAGUACUGGGCAAAAUGCAGCUUGCUCAGAAUAGCAUGGAAAGGCAAUAGGAUACUUUUUGGUUUGAUAAGGAACCUUGUUUUAGUGAAAUCUUACCUAAUCCAUUUCCUGUUAGACUUAAAAUUGCAUCUUCCCCUAGUAACAGAUAUUUUAAUGAUACUACUUUCCCUUAGUAAUUUGCUAUUCCUCUGUGAACAAAAUAUAUUUUGUGCAAAAUUGUGGGUGUUCUUUGUUGGGCUGAAGUUGCAUGCUGAACAAAUUGAUUGGGAAGCUCAUGAAGUGAGAUAAAGCUAAAUAUCCAGGGCUGAAACUGUGAGCUGCUUGCUGCUCUGAU